AUGAGCAGCUGGUUCAACAAACCGGACCCUAAAGCGCAAAUGCGUGAAAAUAACAAAAACAUCCGGAGAGCUAAUCGAGAGCUUGAAAGCGAUCGACGCACGCUUGAACGAAGAGAGAAGGAAUUGGAAAAUGAAAUCAAAAAGCUGGCGAAGCAGGGUCAGAAAGAUGCAUGUGCUGUACUUGCAAAGCAGCUUGUUCAGCUUCGUCAUCAAAAGACAAAGAGCGUUGCGAUGAGCUCCAAACUGACCGGGAUUGGUGCACAGAACAACCAUUUACAAAGUAUGAACAAAAUGGCUGAAGUUAUGGGUACCACUGUGAACACCAUGAAAACUAUGGAGAAACAGAUGCCAACUGAACGACUAGCGAAGAAUAUGCGAGAGUUCCAAAUGGCUCAAGAACGCCUCGGAAUUACUGAUGAUGUGCGUUUUCUUCAUACUUUCCGCCUACUUCGGACUCUUCAACCUAACUAUAAUGAUGAUCACUUUCAUUUCAGAUGA